AUGUGUUCGGUCUGCAGCAGCUCACAUGUUUGGGUUUUUUUAAACCGUUCUCAGGGAGUUCUGUCUGACUCAGAGAACGAGGAGCCGAUCAGCAGGAGGAUCAGAAACAUCUCGGCCUUCAUCAGGAAAACCAAAACCUCCGCCGCCUUCACUGGUGGUUCCCAGAGGAGUCAGAGCUGCACUGACUCUGUGGAGGACAGAGGAGGGAAGCUGAAGGUCGUCACCCAGCCGGCCCUGAUGGACAGAGUUGGUAUCAGUCACAGCUACACUGCAGGAAUCCUCCUCUCCUCUGAGAACAGCCGCUCGGUCUCGGCUCCCAUCACCGCCCCUGACCGGAGGCUCACCUGGCGAGCUGUCCUCUCAUCAUCGUCCACACCUCUGGGCCUCCCUCCGCCCCGACCCGAGCGCUCCAUCAGCCCCGAGAGCAACGACAGCAUCUCCGAAGAACUCAACCACUUCAAACCUAUCGUCUGCUCGCCGUGCACGCCGCCCAAACGUCUACCGGACGGCCGUCUGAUGGAGCCCACCAUCGUAAAGUCCACACCCAGGAAUCUGACCCGCGGCCUGCAGAAGGCCACCACCUACGAGGCCAGUCCUGCCGUCCUGCAGAAGUGGAGGCAGAUUGAACUCGACCGCCAGAGCCUGAAAGUGAACUCCAAGGCGACGCUCACGAGUCCCGUCAGCGAGCUCCACAACAAGACCGUCGGGAGGGAGGACAGUGGCGUGGGGGCCACAAAGAAUCAUCAAUCCCCGGCAGGGCGGGAUGGAGACGGAGUGAAGGCCAUCAACAAGAGGAGGCUGCUGUUCGACCCUUCAGCCGCAGACACGGACAACUUCCAGAAACAGUCCGUAAAGAUCCGGGUCCCUGCGAUCCGCUACAGCAGCAACGCGACUUUCGGAGGAAGUUCAGACUUUGAGCCGUCAGUCGGCACUCCCGAAUCCUGCAGCGGAGGAUCCAUUUUUAGUCGAAAACAGUCCUUCUCACCGUACACUAAGAACUCUGGUUUCCAGUCGUGUAAACUAGUGCCAAAGGACUCGCAGAGUCCAAGGAAGGAGUCCGACAGUAGCCUCCACAACCAAUCUACCUCAAGGAGGGGCAAGAAGAGGGAACAGAAGACCAAACACCUGGACUCGGACCGGGACUCGGACCUAAAGAGGAGCCGGUCUGCCAGCCAGGAGGCUUUCGACGAGCGGUACAUCCGUCAGAUCCAGCAGGAGCGCCAGGACCGAGCACUCGCCCUGAAGCUGCAGAGACAGUUCGACCUGGAGAACCAGACCGUCAACCGCAGGAGGAGCCCCGACACGUACUUCCUGCGGUCCUGGAUGUCCAAUCAGAACCGCCGGAGGCGCGGCCUGAGGCGAUCUCGACGAAUCAACAAGAAGCACUAGGGAGUCGUCUGCUGACUCGGCACAAAGACAGCCAGGAAGAGGAUCAUAUAUGCAAAGUGACGACAGGUGAAGGUUUGAUGAAUGUUUUUUCAUGACCGUCGUUUCAAACGGCAAACUGUAAAGACAGUCAGUGAAACGCUGAACACUUCUUCCAAACAUUGUCUGAUUUUCACAUCUUUUCACCAGCAAAUCACGGUCCAUCAAUGAAGACAUCGCAUCUGUGGAGGACAACAGAUGGAUGUUUGACUUUACUUUGAACGUUUAUUAGAUUUGACCAGUCAAAUCAAAGCCAUAAAUGCUGUAUAAAAUCGACAUCUGAUGAACUUGUCAUCGGGUCCCUGUUGGCCAUCAGCAGACCCACAAACUGUCUUGUGCUGCAGGAACACUACCUGGCCCAGGUUUUCUGUGUGUCGCUUGGAUUGUGUUAAUUAAUUAUAUGAACUAAAAAAAAUAAAGCUCUUAAAGCUGCUGAAA